CUAUCUGCCGAAUGUUCGUCUGACGGAGAAGAACUACAUUUCCCCAGGAGGCUUUGCGGUCAGCAAGGAGAUAUAAGUCCAUGCACGGUCACCUGAUUCCUCUUCUUCGCCUGCUCUUCGCCGUCUGCGCUUCGCCAUCUGCACUUCGCCAUCUGUUCUUCAGUCACUCAACUGGACUGCACUUCUCACCCCAGCAUUGUGGUGAGGUCUAUACAAUUCAGACAGACUCUUUCUCUCUCUCAUUGUAUUUUACUAAUACUAUAUUUAGUAAAAUCAUUUGUUCCACCUCAGAUCAGUGCUGUUGUUUUCAAGUAUUUUGGGGUCCCCUGCUUCCCCUUUCCCAGAGGCGUGGAUCCGCAGAUCCCUCCGCCCUGCUGGUCACGCAACUGGGCCGGACCAGGCCAUAAACCGUUGACAUUUUUGGUGGAGAAUGCGGGCAACAAUUGCUUUCUAGCUGUUUAGACUCUCUGCUCUCGGAGAGCUUCAUUGGGAAAGCUUAUCUGUUUCACUGCUACUCUCUGAGAACGCGACCUUGAAAACUCCAGGCGGACUGCCAAUAACUUAGGAUAUUUGUAAACUCUGAGCUUUACUAUCUUGCCUCUGUAAAAAAAAAAAAAAAAAAAAAAAAACUUUCUGUUGUGAAACUGACUCUUAAAGGGCUGCAUGCUGCAUGCUGCUUCUUUUCUAAUGCUCAAAACAUACUGGGCAUUAAUUAAGCUUGCCACCUUGCUCUAUGGAGCAAUUGGCAUAUACAAUCAAUUGAAAACAUGGGUGGAAAUAUGGACCUGGCAUGUUCGUUCAAUGUGGCAUACAAUUCCGGAACAGAUGUCAAUUUUACAGGACUGGGGAUUUUUAAGGUUUCCAGUCUCACCUUUCAGCCUGUAAUGCAGUUUUUGAAUGAACACCUAGUUGCAUUACUAAUCUCCCUGAAUGUAUUGCUCAUCAUUUUGCUCAGUAUUUAUUAUAUUUUGAGGAUGUCCUCCCCAAAACCAGAGAAUACUGAGUGGCAGGGAGUGUGGAGAGGUCUGGGAGAGAUCUUAGACAGAUGGAAAUCUUCAGUCUCAUGGAACUUUACUCCAGAACACCUGAAAGACCCCGAGAGUCUAAACAGCUAUUUAAGGCAGGAAUGUUGCGGCUUGGGCAGUUCUGAGGAGGCACAUAUGAUUUGGGGCCUGGCUAAUGCUUAUCGGGCCUUAUUCAAUACUAUCCUGGAGAGAGAGAGAGCUUCUGAAAUUGAAAGGGAGAGCCUCAGGGAAACAGUUCAAAAUGAGCGAGAGAGUCUCCUGCUCCAGAGGAAAAACCUCAGAUCUGAAAGAGAUGCCCUCCGAAUUGAGAGAGACUCCCUGCAAUCCAAACUCGACAAUCUUCAAUCUCAACAACACACCCUCCAAUCUGAGCUGGAUACUGUCAUAAUCGAACGAAACAAGCUCCAAGCUGAGCUCAAGGAUGAGAGCAUUGGAACUGAUCAACCUGAUCAACCACAGGAAGCACCACAACUGAUGUCAGUUGCCCCUGUAAGAGGACGGAAAACGAAGCAAAUCUCGACUCAGAAGAGAAGAAAGAGGAGGAAAGAGGUGGCCAAUGCUCUAUCUCUACACUGACUCAUGGAUGAUAACAAACGCCUUUUGGGGGUGGUUACAGCAGUGGGAGCAAAAUAACUGGCAAAGAAUGGGUAAACCUAUUUGGGCUCCUGAACUGUGGAAAGACAUUGCUGCCCGAAUAGAGAAUAUGGUUGUAAAGGUGCGCCAUGUAGAUGCUCAUUUGCCCAUGAGUCGGGCUACUGAAAAGCAGCAAAAUAACCAUCAGGUAGAUCGAGCUGCCAAAAUUAAGAUGGCUUAAAUAGACUUGGACUGGCAAUACAAGAGUGAAUUAUUUCUAGCUCCGUGGGCCCAUGAGACUUCCGGUUAUCAAGGAAGAGAUGCAACAUACAAAUGGGCUAGAGACCGAGGGGUGGACUUAACUAUGGAUGCUAUUGCACAGGUUAUUCAUGACUGUGACAUAUGCGCCACAAUUAAACAAGCCAAGAGGAUGAAAACUCUCUGGGGGGAAGGGUGAUGGCAAAAGUAUAAAUAUGGGGAAGCAUGGCA